GCAGUGUUUCAGAAAGCUUUAUUCAUUUUUUGUUGAAUAUGCUUGUAGAAGCAAUUUUGAUAUUUCUAAUAAAUUACAAACCAACAGGAAGGUACGUUUCAGAACUUUGCUAUUAGAUGAACAGUGGAAGUUAUUCUGGCUUUCAAUUGUACAUUGGAUGCCAUCAAGAUUUAAUGUCUUCUGAUAAUAACCAUUGAGAUUAUGCCUAAAGUAAUUUCCGAUGUCGCUAAGUAAUUUAUUAUAGAAAUGUGACACUGAGAACAUCGAAACCUAUAGGAUUUAAUCAUAGAUUGCUGCAUUUCGGAGUGAUUUUUUUCUAUUCUACAGGAACUAACUUAUUACGAUGAUGAGUGGAUGGGACUGGUUUUGUGGUGUAAACUACACACUUGAUUCUGGCACAGGAUUGAACAACUCAUGUUUAAUCAACGGCAUCAUCGUAGUCCCGCAGCUCGGUUUCGUCGUUAUUUCAUCUAUUAUCCUCCUUUUACUCGCCGUCUGCUCCACCUCUGAGAGACAAAACAGUUCCAAGUAUCACCUACAGCUUCCAGGCCACACCCCAAGAUGGCUUCUGACCUACAUCCUCCUUGUCCUAACACUCUCCUUCUUAGCAGAAGGUAUUCUGACCAACGAUACCUACCUCGCCAACUCCUUACCACAUCAACCGCAUCUCUAUGUUGUAGGAGUGGCGAUGUUUCUUGGGGCAAUACUAUCCAUUGUUUAUUACCACGUGAUGGAAAAAUGGCGUGAACGUCAUAUGGUUUGGCUUCUAUUCGUUUAUUGGAUAACAACUUUGUUUUCAUUGGCAGUCGAGAUGGUGCACAUUAAAAGAAGAGGAGAUAUUAACUUUCAGAACGUCAGCUUUGAUAUCACUUUGCUGCUUCUUUUUGUAGUUGGUAUGUUCCUAGUCAAUGAGAUGAUCCUCUGUUGUCAUAUGGUAUUCGGUUGCUUAGCCGAAGCGCAUGGUCUAUACGGUGGCGACACGGAAAAGGAAGACAUGAACUAUCUCCAUGACUACAGUGCAUUGCCCUCUUCUCUCACUUACUUUUGGAUGAAUUGGCUGUUUGCUGUAGGAUACAAGAAAAACAUCGAACCAAAUGACCUGGGAAACAUUCCAGAAAAACAUUCGUCGCUCUACCAACACGAAAGAUUCAAAAAGAACUUCCUUAUUGAACAGGAGAGAGCGUUGAGAAAUCACAAGAAGAUCAGUCUAUCUCGAGUGUAUUGGAAUACUUACGCUCAAAAGAUGAUUCCAGCAGGGAUACUCAAAUUGUGCGGAGAUUGCCUGAAUUUAGUUGGUCCCUUGUGCAUAAGUGGAAUAGUAUUAUUCGUCACAAACGCCCUUUACGGAACACAAGAUGAGAAUGUUCCUAGCCCUCAUCAUGUUACAAUUGAUGAAUUUUUUGGGAAUGGUUUCGUUUUGGUCGGAGUAAUUUACAUAGCAGCUUUAACUCGCCAUACAAUGGACCAGACAUAUUACUAUAUAUGUGCCGUAGAGGGAGUUCACGUGAAAUCCGCAAUUCAGAGUAUGGUGUAUGAGAAGUCUCUCCGGUUGUCGACAUAUGCCAUGUCAGGUGGUAUGAUGACGAUGGGUCAGGUGACCAAUCACAUGUCAGUUGAUGCAGCCAAUGUUCAGUUUUUCUUCGAUCGCGGCAAUGAAGUGUGGGUUGCACCAAUUCGGAUUGCGGUAACCUUAGUAUUGCUUUAUCUCCAGUUGGGACCACCUGCAUUCAUUGGAGUAGCUAUAUUCUUCCUCGUUGUUCCAGUACAAUUGAAGAUUGCAACAGCUUAUGCGAAUAAUAUGAAAGGGGUCAUGGCUAAAGCAGACCAAAGAUUGAAAUCAUCUAAUGAAAUGUUGCAAGGAAUGAAGAUACUGAAGCUUUAUGGAUGGGAAAGGAUGUUCAAAGGAUUUAUCAAGGUUAUAAGAGGAAAAGAGUUGGACAAACUCUCCGUAGUUUAUCUUCUUGCUGCCAUUAACUUUGUUGUCAAUUCUGGGACCCCAAUAGUAGCGAAUCUCCUGUGUUUUUCAACGUAUACUGCCAUUACUGGGAAGGUCCUCACACCCGAUGUCGCUUUUUCAUCACUAUCCCUGCUCAAUGCCCUGACUGACCCGAUGUUCGUUCUUCCCUUUGUGAUCAAUCUGUUUGUGACUGCCUGGGUGAGCACGAACAGAUUGAGUUUCUUCCUCAGUGGUCCAGAAAUUGAAACCAAAGAUGACUUUGGAAGGGUGGUAGAGGACACUAUGAAAAACGGAAAGAUAAAAUCGGCCUCGCAUGAAGAUCACGAGAUUCAAAUGACGAAAUCACUGACAAUGAGUUAUGAGGACAAGAAGUCAUACGGGUCCAUGGAUUCGAGGUCCAAUAGAGAAUUCAUUCCAGCAGAUGUCGCAAUACGUGUUCGGGACGGCUUUUACACAUGGGAUCCCGAUUCCGCAAUACCGGUCAUAAGAGAUAUCAACGUAGACAUACCAGCAGGUCAACUAACAGUGAUUAUAGGUACGGUUGGGAGUGGAAAAUCAUCCUUGUUACAAGCUAUGAUGGGAGAAAUGACGACAUUAAGAGGACAAGUUUUAGUACAGAAUGGAUCAACAAUAGCAUACGGGCCUCAGAAGGCAUGGCUGAUGAAUGCUUCACUAAAAGGAAACAUCCUAUUUGGAUCUUCUUUUGACAAUCUCAAGUACCAGAAGGUCGUAGACGCGUGCGCUCUUGGUCCAGAUAUCGCGAUGUUACCUGGAGGAGAUCAUACAGAGAUCGGUGAAAAGGGUAUCAACCUGAGUGGUGGGCAGAAACAGCGAGUCAGUGUAGCUAGGACCAUGUAUUCUGACAGAGAUAUUGUCAUAUUGGACGAUCCUUUGUCAGCUCUCGACAUGCAUGUCGGAGCUCAUCUCUUCGAAAAUGGUAUUCUCAAGAUUCUCAAGAAACAGAAACGAACCAUUAUCCUCGUCACCCAUCAAUUACAGUAUUUACCAGAGGCUGAUAAGAUCAUUGUAAUGCAAGAUGGGCGUGUCGCUCUUCAUGGUGACCCAGAAGAAAUUGCCAAGGCUGACCCUUCACUGUGUGAUGAUUGGCAGAGAGCGAUGCAGACAUUCAGCGAAUCAGAAGCGGAACUCUCAGGGGCCGAGUCUGAAGCUAUCUUAGAAGAAAGAAAGGCUCUAAAGAAACAAAUAUCUCGACUUGUCCCUAGAUCAAGAACACCCUCCGAAGCUUCAGAAACGGAGAAAGGGCGACUGAUAGUGACAGAGGACCAAGAGAAGGGUUCUGUUUCAUAUAAGGUCUAUCUCUCAUAUUUCAAGUCGAUGAACUAUGUCAUAGCAUUCCUCAUCAUCAUCACUGUCCUACUGAGGGCAGGUAUCCAAAUAGGCACAAACUUCUGGCUAGCAAUCUGGUCUGAAGACAGUUUGACAACCAAUGAUACAAAGACUUUGCUAGAUGAUACAAACUACUACGUUGCAAUAUAUUCUGUUUUCUCGAUCGGUAAUAUUGUGAUGAGAGCUGUCUCAGUUGGUGCGAUAACAGUGGGAUGUUACCUUGCUGCCAAGAACAUGCAUCACAACAUGCUGGAUAAUGUCAUCGCAAUACCCAUGCGGUUUUUUGACACCACGCCUAUUGGGAGAAUACUGAAUCGCUUUUCGACCGAUACACAGUAUAUAGAUCAGAGGCUUUUACAGACCGUACGAACGAUUGUCAAUCUUAUGUCACAAUUGCUCUCAUCGUUCAUCGUCAUCAUCACAGUCAGUUUCUACUUCUUGAGUUUCAUUGUGCCAAUCGCCAUUGGGUUCGUACUCCUUCUUGGAUAUUACAUCAUCACAUCAAGAGAAUUACAGCGAUGUGAGAGCGUCACCCGAUCACCCGUCUUUGCUCACUUUUCUGAGACCCUUGGAGGACUGCCAACCAUUAGAGCCUUUCGUGAUGAAAAGAGAUUUUUCCAAAUCGCACUUGAUCGGAUACUGCAAAACAACCGAGUGUUUCUAUACCUGGUUACUGCACAGAGAUGGGUGGCAAUUAGACUGGAUUAUCUUGGUGCACUAUCCGUCCUUUGCUCGAGUCUUGCUUCCCUUCUUGGUGCCUUCUAUUUCAAUAUAGAUGCUAGCUAUGUCGGGCUUGCUAUAUCAUACUCAUUAGAGAUAUCUCUGUAUAUGAAUCUCGUGGCAAGAUCAGCUGCAGAUUUAGAACUUCAAAUGAACGCAGUAGAGAGGGUUCAAUACUACACGGAUGUACCCACAGAAGACUACAGUGGAAAGCAACCGCCUGAUUCUUGGCCAGAUAAAGGCCAAAUCCAACUUGAUGAUAUUAGUGUCCGGUACGCUAGUGAUCUUGAUUCUGUACUCAAAGGAGUUACACUAAGUAUUCCUCAAAAAGAAAAGCUCGGUAUAUGUGGACGGACGGGAAGUGGGAAAUCUUCUUUAACUCUGGCGUUAUUUAGAAUCAUUGACACAUUUAAAGGCCGCAUUAUCAUUGACGGAAUCGACAUCGCUUCCGUUCCUCUUCUUACACUUCGUCAACGUAUCUCCAUCAUUCCUCAAGAUGCCUUCCUAUUCACUGGAACUAUCAGGUUGAAUUUAGAUCCAACCGGUUCUAAAGAGGAAUCAGAAUUGUGGAAUGCUUUGGAGAUUGCCCAGCUGAAGGAAGUAGUCCAGCAACUUGAAGGAGCACUAGAUUAUGAAGUGACAGAAGGUGGGGACAAUUUCAGUGUUGGACAGCGACAGUUAUUCUGCCUUGCAAGGGCCUUUUUGAGAAACUCCACGAUCGUGGUCAUGGAUGAGGCUACGGCAUCUAUCGACCAGGAAACGGAUCGUCUUAUUCAGGACGUUGUUUCUGAUGUAUUCCAGGACAGGACAGUGCUCACGAUUGCACACCGUGUAGGAACCAUUCUCGAGUCGGACACCAUUCUUACUCUCAGUGAUGGAAACGUCAUCGAAUACGAUUCACCCUCCAACUUACUGGAACGAGCCGAUAGCACAUUUGCUUCACUAGUAAAGGCGGGAAAAUAACAGAAAAGUGAAAUGUAUAGAGCCGUCAACCGCGCAUAAAUAUUUCGGGAAGCGUUUCAUGAAUAUUUUUUGUCAAUGUUUUUCCCCAACAGAUAUUUAAUGCUACUGGAAAUAAUUGCAUCUGAUUGGCUGAAGGCAAAUUAAUCUGUGAAAAACACUGACAAAACUCCUCAUGAAAUACUCCCCACUUCGAAAAAUAGAAAUACCUGGCUUUGGAAUAAUCCAAUUUUGUCCACAUCUAGUUUGUGUGUGUUGUCCUGAUUAUGGCUGCUAUUAUAUACCAUUUUAUCGUCGUUUUGCCAUUCAUUGGUUUGCCAAUAUCGCCUAGCUGAUUAAACGGACGGCAAAUAGACCAACUGGUCAUGAGAUGAAACGGAUGGACGAAAAGGCAGUUAUUCCACUUGAUGGUGUACGAAUAUUAUCCAUUAUUUUAGGCAGCGCGGGUAAUAAUGAUUCUGACGGUAGUGGUGAUAAUAACGACGACGAUGGGGAUGAUGACGAUGAUGGCGAUAUCAAGAUAUAGGCAAUUAAGAAUUGAUCAAUGAACUCUGAUUGUAUUCGGAGAUUGUUUUAAUUUCAAGGCAUUAUGUCUCGUAAUAUUUGAUA